AUGUCCGGAACCUUGAAAAAAAUAAGGUUGCAGACAAAAAUGAAUGGAGAAAUUGAAGAAAGUUUUGUAGGUGGAAAAUUUAACCUUUCAAGAAAAAGAAUGAAGAUGGCUGCUGCUGCUGAUAUGGACAGUGCUACACUGCAGUGGUUUAAUGAGAUGUGUGUGCAUUGCUUGCAGCCAAAUUUUAACGCAAAUAAUGGUUGGUUGCAAAGUUUUAAGGACAGGCAUGGGAUCAUUUUUAAAUUGAUUCCAGGAGAAGGAAAAUCAGAACCCUUAGGUGAUGCAGAAUUUUGGAGGAAAAACACCAAGUGCAAACUGUUAGAAAAAUACAGUCCUGAAAACUUGCACAAGGCAGAUGAGACGGGAUUGUUUUAUCAACUGAUGCCAAAGAAGAUGAUGGCCUUUACAGGAGGAAACAACACAUCAGGGACACACAAAUUGACACCACCAGUGAUCAAUCAGCAAACCCACAGGGCUUCAAAAAUGUAUGAAGCUUACCAGUACAGUAUAGCUUCAGCUGUAAUGUUUUGCUACAGUCAUAUUGUAAAUGUGAUUUCUUUUACUGCAGUUAAUUACAAGGCAAAUCGAAAAGCAUGGAUGAUGUCUACUCUUUUUAGUGAGUGGGUGCUUUCGCUUGAUAAAGAGAUGUCAAUGAAUAACAAGAAAAUCGCAUUGCUAUUGGAUAAUUUUAAACACGUGAUUGCACAGAUUGAAAGAAUGGUGUACAAUCCCUGCAGUUUCAGUGUGAAGAAGGCUAGUUCGUGGAACAGUGUACAGCCAAAUGUGAUUGUGAACUGCUGGAAAAAUGCAAGAAUUACUGAAAGUGAAGAUGUUGUGGUGGAUGAAAUAAUGCAGGAUGGUAUUCAAAGUGCUCUAGAGAUUUAUUCAGCAGUUACCGGUAAAACCAUAGAUGCUUCAGUAGUUGCAUACUUGUUAGUGGAUGAUGAGCUGUUGGUGUGUCAAGCAUGUACCGUUGAAUCUAUCAUCGAGGAGUUAAAGGGUAAUUCACCUGUUGAAGAUUCUGAUGAUGACAGAGAUAUGAUAAGUGUGAAUCCCUGCUUGUGA